ACCGGAGACUCCCAGACCUCUUAGACACGCCUCUCCCUCCACCCAAAUAUCUAAAAGCUUUCAAAGACCUCAGGAGGCAUUUAUGAGACGUGCCAUCUCCACAUCUAUGAGUGCAGAGAGAAGAAAAGAUCUUUUGUGGAAGGCUCUGGAUAACUGAGCUCCCCCAAGCCAGCCGUAAAACUCACCCCUGUGCCCCCCGCCCAUCCCCACCUCUCCUUCCUGGCCGGGCAGACCCCGCUUGGAGCCAGAGCCACCGCGGUCCACAUCCUGCCUCACUGACUGUGUGUGCUUACAGCGUCAAGGGGUGGACGUGAUAUUUCAAACAUCAGAUCAGUGCGUUUAUAUAUUGGGUGCCCGGAAAUUUUUCCAAAUAAACACAGCUUGAUUCAACUUGGGUGGGCGGACUUAUCAACAGACUAAUUCUAUAAACAAAUGAAGGAAUAGCCCCGAAACCGAUUGGCUGGUAUCAAAAAGACACGUGGAGGGAAAAGCUUGGAGUUUUUCAGCAAUGAAAUUUUAAUUAAUGUGGGUGGGCUGAGCACACAACGACUGUUUAUCAUAGACAAUUUAUUUUCCAGCGCUAAGUCAACAUAUAAUAGCAAACUUACAACAAUUAUUUAACAUUUUUAAAGCCAUGAAGGGACAGAGCACGGAGCGGCCAGGGAGAGCGGCAGAGCGGGAGGCAGACGCACGGCGGGCUCCCCGGGAGGGCCCUCGCCGAGCGGGGCGCAGUCCCUAAGCCGCUGGGUCGCCUGCGUCGUCGCGGGGAGCGCGGGGCCGGCUGCCUCGCCAUGAGCCACCUCUUCGGGCCCCGGCUGCCUGCACUGGCGGCCUCACCCAUGCUCUAUCUGUACGGCCCCGAGAGGCCCGGGCUGCCUCUGGCCUUCGCCCCCGCGGCCGCUCUGACCGCCUCGGGCCGGGCGGAGCCCCCCCAGAAGCCGCCCUACAGCUACAUCGCGCUCAUAGCCAUGGCGAUCCAGGACGCGCCCGAGCAGAGGGUCACCCUGAACGGCAUCUACCAGUUCAUCAUGGACCGCUUCCCCUUCUACCACGACAACCGGCAAGGCUGGCAGAACAGCAUCCGCCACAACCUCUCGCUCAACGAGUGCUUCGUCAAGGUGCCCCGCGAGAAGGGGCGGCCCGGCAAGGGCAGCUACUGGACGCUGGACCCCCGCUGCCUGGAUAUGUUUGAGAACGGCAACUACCGGCGGCGGAAGAGGAAGCCCAAGCCCGGCCCGGGGCCCCCGGAGGCCAAGCGGGCCCGCGGCGAGACGCAGCAGCGCGGCUCAGAGGCGCAGCCCCGGGCAGGGAGCGGGCCGGGGAGCGGGGCCGGGAGCCGGGCAGGGCGCCGCGGGCCCGAGACCCCCGGCCAGGAGGGAGCGCCUGCGCGCCCCUCGCCGCUCCGGGACGGCUCCUCUCCGCCCGCGCCCCUCCGCUGGUCUGGGCCCGCGUCCCCGGGGGAGGACGCCGGCGAUGCUGUCCAGGGCGCCGCGGCCUUGGCCAUAGGCCAGCCAGCGUGCACGGUGGAUGGCGCGGAUGGCCCGGGGUCCCCCCCACGCCCCGCUUCCCGCAGCUCUCCGAAGAGCUCCGACAAGUCCAAGAGCUUCAGCAUAGACAGCAUCCUGGCCGGCCGGCACGGUCAGAAGCCUGCUGGAGGGGGCGAGUUCCUGGGGGGCGCCAAGCCGGGCCCCGGCAGCUGUCUGGGUGCCUCGCUUCUGGCCACCUCCUCAAGCCUCCGGCCGCCUUUCAAUGCUUCCCUGAUGCUCGACCCGCACGUCCAGGGCGGCUUUUACCAGCUCGGGAUCCCUUUCCUGUCCUAUUUCCCCUUGCAGCUUCCAGACACGGUGUUGCACUUCCAGUAAAGCAAAAUGUGGCUGGCACAGGUCCUUCCUCUACCCUGGGCUGCGCUUGUGAGUGACCAGGGGUCCCAUUGCUGGGAGAAGGAGCCACGUUUUUUGAAAACAAGUAUCUUUUCUUCUGCAACGUGUGGAUCCUGGGAAGUGUUACCAACUUUUGUGCACGCAGGUGGGCACAGUCGCCUGCCUUCUCCCGAGGUGAGGCGGACUUUCCCUGAACCUGGAGCAACUUCAGAGAUUUAAAAGACCCUGCCUGGCUAGGACUUGGGCAUCUCGGACCUCCUACCGCGAGAGCAAGAGAACUCCUUGGCCUUAGGUCAGUCUAAGGUUGUGAUCUUCCGCUACCCACUGCAGGUCGUACAUGUCCAGAGCAGCAAGGGCCCAGACAGCUGGAGAGCAGGACCAAAUGAAGCUGCAGGGUGGUUUCAGAAAGAGCCACGGUGGGACUGUGGUCAGCGCUGUUGUCGCUGUGGCUCAGGCCCUGGCUUUGAGUCCACGGAGUGAUGAUGGGUGUCCACAGCUGGAUUUAUCCGUAAACUCUAGUUGUGGAAAAACCGGGAGCAACCUCUGUUUUUCAUAUUCUUUGGGAGACCUAGGGCCUGGUGAGGAUUUACAACCCAUGUCCAGGUGGAAGCUAAGAAACCACACUUUUAUUUUAAAUAGAGAAUUUCUCUCUCUCUCUCUUUUUUCUUCCUAGACAGUAAAAGGAAUAUGCUAUAUUCUUUGGCUAGAUGCUCGACUCUUUUCCUACAACAAUUGCCCUGUGAAAAUGUCUAUAUUAACAACCUUUAUUAAGAAAGUGCACUCUAUAUAAUAGCAUUUUGUUGCAUUAUGAUAGCUCGCUAGUCAGUACCCAUGAUCUCCAAGACAUGUUGCCAGCAUUAGCAGGCGUCCUGUCUUGUUGCUUUUGUUUUUAAGGGAUCAAAAGAUAGCAGAGGAGAACGGAAAUGUGUGAGGGGGAAGGAAGGUGUCUUAGACACAUAAGAUUUUCCAUUUGCAUGCUUUUUCAAGAUCUAGGUUUGAUUUUUUCCUACAUUUUCCGGACCUGUGUACUAAAGGACCGCCUUUAUUCAAAAAACUUGGGUGAAACAAACAUAAAAAGCAGAUACUGGGAGAGAGGGGUCAUAUGGGGCAGAGGAAGGGAAUCUCCUGGUAUCUAUUAGAGGGUGCCUCUUUGGACCCCAAAGAACAGGAGGCUCAAGAGGAGGAUUCUUUCAGACAUUCCCAGCUGAUGGCAUCUCAGCCGGCCACCCAGCUCCUCCCUCUGAGCCCCCACCCAUCAAGCCUAGAGCCAAAAGCUAAAUAAACACCUUGUGGAGGUGACUAGA